UAAUCAAUAACGAAUUUUUCGAAUAUAUAACCUCUACGGCAGUGAUUUCCAUGAACUUUUAUAAAAUAAAUUAAACAUUGCUUGAAAAUGUCUAAUUUAUCAAAAGAUAAAUUUUUUGAGCAAAGUAGAGAUGAGUAUGUUCCUGAAAUUGAUAAAACAAAUUAUUUCCAGGAACAAGACGAGAAAUUUGAAGAACUGCAUAAAAAUUUACAAAAAUUAAAGGAAGAUAAUAAAAAACAGAUUGAUGCUAUAAUUGAUAGUUUAGAUGAUUUAAUGGCCAGCAAAUGUGUAAUUGAACAAACUCUUGAUAAAAUUAUAUCUGAUGAUUUACCCAUUGAAAUACCUAAAGAAAACUUGAGUGUAGUAGACCUUUUAGCCAAAGUCACAGGAAUUGUCAAUGAUCCAAAUGAUAGUUUAUUCAAAGAAUGUGAAAGGAAAAAUGAUAGUGCUGUGGAAGUCAACAAAGAAGAACUUAAGACUCAAACGUCAAACAAAAUGAAUUGCACUAAUGAUAUGCCAAAAAAGUCUAAAUUAACAAAACAGACAGAAGAAAAUUCCUUGAUCAACUUAGAAGAUUGUGUUUUGCAAGACUGCAAGAAUGAAUAUCAAAAUGAAACAUCAGACAAAGUGAACUUGACUGAUAAUACUGAUAAUACACAUAAGGUCUUAAAAAAAGACAAAGAAUAGUCCAAUGGUUAACUAAGUAGGUUAGCUAGGGAAAAUAUAUUAAGGUAACUAACUCUUUUAAUUUCUUUUGUGUUGCAUAUUAUGUAUUUGUAUCAUGUAAAUAUUUCUUGAUUUUCUCAUUUGCUGAUCAUAUAAAUAAACUAAUGUUUUUACAAAAUUUACACAAUAGAGUAUCCACUGUUUAAAAAUAGCAAUAAAAUGAAUUUGUUUUAACG